AUGGAUCAUACCGGCAAAUUCUCGCCUGGUUUCCACACGCCCACGAUCGAGUCGUCGAUCGCCUUUGAUGCGCGGAAAAAGGCCUUUCUUAUCGACGUCAUCCCGACCACGCCGGAACCCCUGCCAGCUGCCAUGGAACUGGUGGAUGCGUGUAUCAGGGUCGAAGACAUCAUCGAAGGCGGUGUGGCCAUUGUUGCGACCGCACACGAGGACUUGAUCGAUGUCACCAUGACCAUCACCUGCCGAAGACCGCCUCAGUUCUUCAUGCCGGUGCUCGACGAGCAUAUGCAACCGGCCUACAAGGAUAAGUCCGGAGCGCUACUUCGAUGGCGGAGAGCUACGGAAUUCGACUUUUCUGGCUCGUUCAAUGGGUGGGAGAGGGACGCCGGGAGCAUCAAUCCUGAUGGGGAUGUACGAUACAAGGUCAACUUUUGGGGGACAUACCGCCUAACUUUCUACCUCAUGCCGGCCGAAUACCGUUUGCUGCAAGCAUGUAUGCGAAGGCUGAGAUUGAUUGGCGAAGAGGAUGGCGAAAAUUAUAUCUCGUCUACAACCGAUUUACCAGCUGUUCCGAAACCGCCGAUCCCGCCAGAGACGCCCAUUCCCGAACACGAGACCAUGAUCCGUCCCGUGAUCAUCUCCGAGAUCGACUCUGUCAAGGAUUUGCCAUUUGCUACCCGAUACCUCGUCGAGGGUCUGGUCUCCCAAGGCCUGGUUCAGUCGCACCAAGUCGAACGCAUGGUUGAGAUCGUCAAUCGCCUGGAUGGACGAGGCGAGUACAGAAUCAUGAACCAGGUCCUCAGCGAUCUCUUUUCGGCCGAGAGGAUGGGCAACAUGGAGGUCACCUUGGAGAGGCGGGCCAAACUGUAUGAAACGCUGGAGAAGCUGGUCCGACCCAAGAGAUCCAAGCAGGAUAUCGCCGCUGAAAAGUCCACUGCCGAAGAGCCUAAUCAUUCGGUCAAGGUUAGACGAGCCAUCAUCACGCCCACGCGAAUGAUGCUUCAACCCGAGACCAAGGAGCAGGGGAAUUCCGUAUUGCGACACUUCAAAGAGUACCAUGAUCGCUUUUUGCGAGUGCAAUUCAACGACGAGCAUGAUCAGCUGCAAGUCAACGUUUCGGUCAAGGAGGCCAACGCCAUCAAUCCAAAGGCCGGAACCAUGGCUCGGGUUCACCGAGCGUUGACCCAUGGUCUCGUCAUCGCGGGGAGGAAAUACGUAUUCCUAGCCUCGUCUGCUAGCCAGUUGAAGGAACACAGCUGUUGGUUCUUUGCAGAGCUCAGCAAAAGCGAGAAUAAUGGGAAGCGAUUCGGUGUGCAGGAGAUCAUUCAGUGGAUGGGCAAUCUCGACAAGGAGCGAGUUAUCGCGAAGCAUGCAGCUCGACAAGGUCUUGUUUUGUCAACCACUCAGGGAGUCGACAUGGCCAUCAAGCUUAGGCGGCCCAUGGAUGACAUUGUGACCCGGACAGACCCGUCUGAUCCCAACUCUAGCGUUCUGUUCACCUUUACCGAUGGUGUCGGGCGCUGCGCGCAAAACGUGGCAGAUCAAGCCGCAAAGGACUUAGGAUUCGAUGAUCACGACGUCCACCGUCAUCCCUCGGCGAUACAAUUCCGUCUCGGGGGAGCAAAGGGGGUACUUUGCGCUUGGCCUACAGUGAAGCCGCGGGAGAUCUUCUUGCGACCUUCGCAAAUCAAGUUCGAAUCUGACAGCAAGAAGCUUCACGUCGUCCGAAUCGCUCAGUUUCGGAGAGCUUUCCUCAAUCGACAGUUCUGCAUCCUGUUUGCCGCGCUCGGAGUCGAUCCGGAAGUCAUCAAGGGUCUCAUCUGGAACAAGGCCAAGUCCAUCAUCGGCUUGGCCGAGCGAGUCGCAGCGAGUCGGUUGACCAGGAAGGAUCUGUGGAUGAUCGACAAGGUGGCUACCUUCCCGAUUGCCGCCUUGAUAAACGCCGGAUUUCACAAGGACCCGGUUGUGCUGGACGUUUGUACCGUUACCGAGCGACGCAUGCUCACGGACUUGCGAUGGCACGCAAGGGUCGAAGUCGAUAAGGGUGUAUAUUUAAUGGGAGUCGCAGAUGAAAGCGGUCUCUUGCAGGAAGGCGAGGUAUUUUGUCAGUAUGAGGACCCGGAGAGCGAAGAGGGCCCCGUCAUCGUUCAAGGAGAUUGCGCCAUCACUCGAGCUCCAGCACUGCACCCAGGCGAUAUCCGCAAAGUCAAGGCGGUUGAUAUCCCAGAACUCCGUUCGCUCAAGAACGUCAUCGUUAUGAAUGUCAAGGGGCAGCGAGACCUUCCCAACAUGUUGGGUGGUGGGGAUCUGGACGGCGAUGACUAUACCCUGAUCUGGGACGAGAGAUUUGUGAACCCUUUGCAAGUGGCUGAGCCUGCCGAUUAUACCGCGAUCAAACCGACGAGCGUGGCUUGGGUCGAUCACAAGGACAUCAAGGAGAACUUCGUCAAUCAUAUCCUGAACGACCUGCUCGGUUUGAUCGGAAACGCGCACCUGGCCUACUGUGAUCUCGAGCCAGAGGGACCAUUCAGCAAAAAGUGUUUGCAGCUUUGUCAGCUCUACAGUACGGCGGUGGACUUUGCCAAGACCGGUGUGCCGGCGGAGCUGCCCCCUGACUAUCGACCCAAUCUCUGGCCGGACUUCAUGGGCAAGGAGCCGUUCCGUUCGUAUCCCGGUAACAGCGUUCUGGGAGAAAUUUUCCGGAUGGUCGAGACAAAGGAACCCAAAGGUCUAUUUGUGGCAAAGACAGCGGACGAUAUCCGGCCCAGCAUGAUCGAUGCAAGGCUCGAACAGGUGGAGAUCCCGAAAGCGGUCAUGGCGCUGGCCGCGAAGCUCAAGAUGAAGUAUGACCUCGCUAUAUCCGCAUUGAUGGCAAGGUAUCGAUUGACCGAGAUGGAAUUAAUCAGCGGGCUCGUGCUCAAGAAUGGACGACGUCGGCGAAUCCGAGAUGGUGAUCUCAAGGACCCGAUGAGACGCGCCUAUCGAGAUAUCGUGACCGAUAUCCUGGACCUCGCUAUUCACGCCAUGAUCGACCUGAAGAUCUCGUCGAAUCUCGGACCACAUCCCUUGUUCGCCGUGGCGGCCUACAAGAUCACAUACCAGCCGAAGAAAUACCAGAACGUCAUUCCAAACCUCACGCUUACCGACGACGAUGAGCCUCAAACAAAACUGCUGUCCUUUGCAUGGCUGGCCUGGAAGGACAUCCUAUCGCUCCCGGUCUUCGAAGGACCUUAUCAGGCGGACUGAUCCACUUAGGAUUGUGGGGUCGAAACUACAAGAUACAUUUUACACUACAUGAAGAUUUCUGGGAACAAGUUGUAUACCGCCGAGAAGAUCCGAGGCUACUCUUUUAUGCAUUACAAACGGCCAGGCGCUUUUCAUACCUCAUCGCCGAAAACUAGAACCAAAUCACCACCAAGAGAUGCAUAUAUACACGCAUGCCAUCGGGAAAAGUUACGUAAGGAU